GGGCAGCUCGGGUCCACGCGGCCCGGCCGCCCAGAGCGCAGUCGCGUCCUCCGCCCGGCGGCUGAAGGUGCGCGGCGCCCCGCGGGGCGGGAACCCGGCGCGGACUCCGGGAGCUGCGGUCUGCAGGGCUGCGGGCUGGGUCCUGCGGCUGCCCGCGGGAUUGUUGGGGUCGCCAAGGUGAUUGACCACGUUGAAAGCCUGCAGCUCGCCACGCUCAAUCCUUCUGUGCCCAGGAACAACAGCAGACCCUCCCUUUGGUAGUAGUCAGAGGCGGAGAAUCCGUCUUCUUAGGACAUGGCAGGCAAGAAAGUCCUCAUUGUCUAUGCACACCAAGAACCCAAGUCUUUCAAUGGAUCCUUGAAGAAAGUGGCGGUGGAUGAGCUCAGCAGGCAGGGCUGUGCCAUCACCGUUUCCGAUCUGUAUGCCAUGGACUUUGAGCCGAGGGCCACGAGGAAAGAUGUCAUAGGUGCUCUCUCUAAUCCCGAACUCUUCAAUUACGGGAUGGAAGCAUAUGAAGCCUUUAAGAAGAGGUCUCUGGCCAGUGACAUAACCGAUGAACAGAAAAAGGUUCAGGAGGCUGAUCUAGUGAUAUUUCAGUUCCCGCUCUACUGGUUCAGCAUGCCGGCGAUCCUGAAGGGCUGGAUGGACAGGGUGCUGUGCCAGGGGUUCGCCUUUGACAUCCCAGGAUUCUACGAUUCCGGUUUCCUCAAGGAUAAACUGGCCCUCGUCUCGUUAACCACAGGGGGCACAGCCGAGAUGUACUCGAGGAGUGGCGUCAGCGGGGACUUUCGGUACUUCCUGUGGCCUCUCCAGCAUGGGGCGCUGCACUUCUGUGGAUUUAAAGUCCUCGCCCCGCAGAUCAGUUUUGCCCCUGAGAUCGCUUCUGAGGAAGAAAGGAAGGCCAUGGUGACAUCCUGGGCACAGAGGCUGAGAACCAUCUGGGAGGAGGAGCCCAUCGACUGCUCGCCUCCUUGGUACUUCGGGCAGUGACCCUUCGUGCCCCGUCCGCGUCGCUGGAGCUGCAGGCACCGGCAAAGAGGAGAUGACCCUGUAAUAAAAUGAAAUUACAACAAAG